CCUUGAACUUGGCCAACACCGGAAGUUGCAAAUUUUACUGAGAGAUGUAGAGAUACACAAUGUAAUGAAUGUUGUUGAACCUUUAUGAAGUCCUAAUUAACAUGAACAGUAUAUGCCUAGAUGGACAUUAAGACAAGGAAGGGUGUGGUGUCUGCACUGUAGAGAUCAAGACACUCACUUUAAUCAUGCAAACAUUAAACCUGAGUUUUGCUGGAUGUGGCUUCCUGGGGAUCUACCACUUAGAGAAGUGCAGUGUAUAGCUGGUGCUUCCGCUGGCUCACUAGCAGCCUCUGCCAUAGUAGCAGGCCCAGAUAAAUUAGGGGAGUGUGUCAAAUUCUGUUUCUCCCUGGCUGAAGCACAAGAGAAUCAACGAUUUGGAAUGUUGACACCAAAAUUCAGUCUUCUGAAGCCAUUAGAGGAAUUCCUACACACUAUGCUCCCUAAUGACGCCCAUGUUACAUCAUCGGGAAAGCUGUUUGUAUCACUUACGGAAAUGUCUUCCAAUAAAAAUGUUUUGAAAUCUACUUUUGAGACGAAGGAUGAAUUAAUACAGUGUUUGCUGGGUAGUAGCUGUAUUCCACAUGUUACUGGCACCACUCCUAUAGAGAUCAAUGGAAAGAAAUAUAAAGAUGGUGGGAUCACAGACAACCUGCCAAUAUUCAAAAAUGGCCGAACAAUUCGUGUGACACCAUUUUGUGGUCGUCAGGAAAUCAGCCCUCAUGACAAAAGGGGGCGUGGUUGGUAUCUGACAUAUUGUAAUGAAGAAUUCCAAGUGAAUGCCAAUAACCUUAUAAGGGGUUACCACGCCUUCUCUCCACCACAAAAGGAUUUGAUGUGGAUGUAUUACUACCAAGGCUAUUUUGAUGCAACAAGAUUUCUUAAAGCUGAAAAUUUAUAUGAUGAUGUCACUGGACAAGACGAUGUACCAAAAUCAGAGAAUAUGCCAGAUUCUCACUCAGGUAUUGAAAAUUGUGUCCACCCACAAGUCAAUAUGUCUCCAAAAUCUAUUAGAUUGACAAAAAGUGAUACGGAUAUUCAUUCACUAGAGGAAAAGGAGGAAAAUCAAGAUGCAAGAAAGCGCUGUGCAUCUUCUAAUGGGUCCAAUACAAAUGCCAGAGAAUCUGACAAAGUUCAAUUUGAGUCUACUUUAUAAGGGAUUUAUUGUCUCUAACUUGUGAUAUACUAGUAUAAUGUUUCAUGGAGAUUGGCUUGGUUGUAAAAGGUUUAUUAUUAAUUCUGUAAAAUUAACUUUGGUAAAUAGGCAUUUAGCAUUUAAUUUCACAUUUUUGAAACUAUCCCAAAAUCAUAAAAAGUACCAAAUAUUUAUUUAAAAAAAACAAAUAAAAUGGCAUUUAAGCUAGGACCUAUAGUGUAAUGGGACUUUGUGCUAGUCAUUUCAGUCCAUUCACAUUUUAGUAGACUAGUUUUGGUCAAAUGAAUAUAAAUAUAAAGGCUGUAUUUUUGUAUGCCCCUAGUGCAAGUUUUGAUCUCACAUGUACAUUCCGGUCAUACAGUGUCGUUAUAACAAGGCAUGGGAAAACAGUCAUACCAACAGACUCAGUCAUGUCAGUGCAGUUUAUGCAGCCAUCACCCAGUUGCUUGUUACAUUAUACAACAAUAGCAUUUACCAUAACACAUUACAUUAAUGUACCAUAUGUGUUUACAAGGCUUGAU